ACGUGAUUUGGAGGAUGCCCACUCUGUAUCAAGUUGGUUCGGACUACGGUACGGCCGCGGGACGCAUACGCUUCUCACGUCACUCACGUACGGAACACGCGCCGCGCGGGAAACUAGGAUUUUCACGUGUGUACGUAUUGGACUCGAUUUGUGCAACACUGUCUUCACUUCUGUGGGGAACAUUCUUAUUUUGAACCUUUUUUCUACAUAAUUAUACAAAUAAGGUGGUAUAAAUUAAAACUAACGUUGUGAUUGCAAACAUUUAUUCGUUAUGUGUGAUACAGAAAAAACAGAAUUAUUAAGUGCAAUAUUUUACUAUAUAUUUGGUAUAGUGCUACAUGUGUGUCGGGAGGGCUUUUAUAAAUAUUGAGCGAUUGAUAUGGGAGCUUUAAGGAAAAGGAACCAUACACACCCGGAAAAACCGAAAGGAAAACUAAGGAGACUACGCGAUAAUGCAGGCAAAAUGGCAAAAGUGAGGGAUGACAAAAAAUCAGAGGACAAGGAAACAUCAAUAACAUAUUUCAAUGGCGCAUGCGACGACCAGUCAUGUGGUGGGAUCGAAGAGGUGGCGUGUAGGCCGUACAACAACAACACACAACAUUUCUGUCUGUGCACUUCUAAUGGGAAGCCCACCGUCAAUUAUAAUUGCCCAAGGAGUACAGUGCCAGUAAACCCUAAUCCAAUUCACAAUGUGAUCCCACCGCUAGCACGCACGUCGAACGCCUCGGACACCAGAUACUCUGCGUCACCACCCACCGCACAGAUUUCUAAUCCAUUAUUAAGCAACGAACUACACACUGACGCAGCCGGCGACCCCACGAUGCAGGGCGUGGGGUUCGUAGGCGGCACGGGUGCACUGUGGGCUGCCACGUCUUUAGGAGGACUUCUGCUCCUCAUCGUGUUUGCUACUAUCACAGUAUACUACCUCAGGAGACGAAUACGACUUGUAGAUGGAAAAGCACCACCGCGUCGAUCAGGAGAACCUCUGCUUGCUGAACGGUAUAUAACGAACCCCCAGUACGGAGUCUACGGAGCGGCACCGGGUGGACCAGCGUCGGUUGCGGGAACACUUGGUCCAGUCACCGCUGAUGACACCAACGAUCCACAAGUACCCCUGUUAGAUAGCAAUGCGUUAACUUUCCUGGAAGAAGUUGGCGAAGGUUGCUUUGGCAGAGUUCAUAAAGGUUUAAUGAGAUCGAAUACUGGUGAACAAGUAGUAGCUAUAAAAGUACUGAAAGAAAGUGCAAAUCGUAGCGCCGAGGAAGAUUUUGUGAGAGAAGUCUCUAUAAUGUCAGCCUUCAGACAUCCCAAUAUUCUAGCAUUGGUCGGAGUUGUAUAUAGAGAUAAUAUAAAUGCAAGUCCCUGGAUGGUGUUUGAGUACAUGGAGUGGGGCGAUUUAGCCGGUGUACUUCGGGGUUCGAGAGGAGGUGGUCGGCCAAGCCCUGUCUUGGAUGAACCUGCAUUACUUCAUGUAGCGUUACAAGUAGCUCAUGGUAUGGAAUAUCUGGCUACUCGGCGAUUUGUGCACAGAGAUCUUGCCGCGAGAAACUGUCUAGUCGGAGCAAAUCUUACAGUAAAAAUUGCUGACUUCGGUAUGUCACGAGACGUAUACACCUGUGACUACUACAAAAUGCGUGGUGAGAGACCUAUGCCUGUACGAUGGAUGUCCCCUGAGAGCAUAUUAUAUGCGCGUUUCACUCAUGAAUCGGAUGUCUGGUCAUAUGGCGUAGUUUUAUGGGAAAUUUACAGUCGUGGCAAACAACCGUUUUACGGCCACAACAAUGAUGGUGCUACUAAGUUGAUAUUACAAGGUAUAGUACUGGUAGCCCCCGAAGACUGUCCGAGAUUCGCUGGUGAGCUUAUGCGCGCCUGUUGGAAAUCGGAUCCCCGUGAUAGAAUAGGGUUCGACGAAAUUUGUAGAAAAUUAGAGGUAGCAGCGGCUGCCAAUGGUGGGACGGUACAGACACGACUACCACGACCGCCGCCACCCGACCAGGAUACAGAAGGAUAUCUAGUGCCAAUUCAACUGCCGCCUGUAGAUUAUUUAGCGCCUUUACCGGACCCAGACCCAGAAUCUGAGUCCGAUUUGAGUGAGGACGAUGAUGAUGAAGAGUUCACCUGACGUCCAGCGCCGAUGCCGGCGUCGCAAUAUGUGCCACGAUCCUCGCCUUUAGGCUCUGCCGCCGCCGCUGUCGCCUUCACAUUCCUGCAAAAGACUUUCGACGAUCCCUUCGAGUGUUAAAAUUCACUGCAAAAAUUUGUGCGUUGUCUAUGAAUGGAAAACAUUUGUAAUAUGAAGGUGAUACUCAUUUUACCUAAGUGUGAUAUUUUAUGAAUAAUUUAGGUAAAUAUCAGUCAUUCUAUUUAUGUGACUAAAUAUGAAUAUAAAAUGUUAAAUCAUAAGUGAAAAAGGAUGUAAGUAAUUAUAUUAUGAAAUUAUACUUGCAUACUUACAUUACCUAUCAUUGUGCCAUAUACCAAAAAUAACCAAGUACCUAAUGUAGAUAGUUAAUUAAAAACUAGGAAAUAAAAAACUAGAUCUUAUCAAUAUGUUGCAGAAAUAUUUCAAUAAUUUUGGAAAUCUUGCACGUUUAUACUCUGAAAAAGCAUAAUAGUAGAUACAGAAGACAAAUGUUUUAUUAUCUAUAUAUGUAUAUAAUUAAAUGUAAUAGGUAAUAGUGUCAAAUUAUAAAUGUGUACAUAAGUUGAAUAUACCUAUUAAAAACGAAUUGAAAAUUAAUAAGUAAGACCAACGUUCUUACCUUUAUGUAAGUACCUAUUUAGGUACCUACCUCAAUAUUGUAAUUGUUAUUAAAUUCGAGUCAAUAUUAAUUAAGUAAUUUAAUAAAAUUUAUAAAUAAACGAAUGUUGUAAAACUGUUUCUAAAUAGAUAAUCAAAAAUCCAAUACUUAUUUAAUUUGACUAGGUACAUAUCGUUUUAAUAAAAAAUAUUUUAUGAGUAGUAUAAUAAUUGUCAAUUUUAAUGUUUGUGAAAUAUAUGUUUUUUUUUAUUAGAUAGGUAGGAAACUACUACAGUUAACUGUAGUGUAGGUAAGUCAUUUUAAAUUAUAACUAUAUGAAGAAGAGAAGAGAAGUUAUAGUUUUUCACUGCUAUUUCUUGCUUUGAGUGUAAAAAAAGUAAGUUUGAGUGUAAGGAGAAUCAUGAGCUUAUCAAGCUUUUGACCCAGAGAAUUAGAGGGGACUGGGUAAGUCAGAGUUUUUAGGUUGUGCCUCAAUGUUAUGGGAUUUUUGAGCUCGUCAAAAUCAAAUUGCCGAUGGCGUAAACAGUAGCAAAUAUUGCUAACGUAGCUAUCAUUAAUUGCUUGUCCCCUAGAUAAUACACUAUAUUUGCUUGUCCUACCAAUAUGAAAACAUUAAUUAAAUAUAUCAGUGUAUUUAAAUAAUUUUCAUUACCAUGAAUAAUUUCCCAAAAGUGGAGUUUAUACAACGCGAUUGCAAAUUUUUGCAUAUAUAUUAUAGAACGAGAUCCUAAUGUAGUGUUUAAUAGGGUUAUUAAACACUGGUUAAUUUGCUACUUGCGAUACAUGAGCAUUCAUGAGAUGAUUUUAUUUAGUAGCUACCCAUUAAAAAAAUACGUAUUGAUUUUGUUGUAAUUAAAAACCCACCACUGACACUUAAUUAUAGUUAAAAAUACAA